CUACACACACACACACACAGAGAGACAGAGAGAGAGAGGCGGAACCGGUACCGAAGCACACCUUCCUGCUAAGUGAAGAGCUGAAGCUCGAAGCGACGAAAGAAAAGGAGGAGAGUGGAGGAGGAGGAGGAGUAGAGUGGAGGAGUAGAGAGGAGGAGGACGGUUUGAAAGCGAACGGCUCACAGAAGGGGCAGGUGGAAGUCAUAGCUGACCCACCUCCACUUGGCGGUCUCGAACGGACCUCGGUGGAAAACCGGUUUUAAUCUCAAUUGAAAUAUUUCAAAACAAUAACAAUAUUUUUUUACAAACCCACCCACCGAGAACUACAUGCAUUUCGGCUGUCCGUAGGAAGUCAUCCCCCUCCACAAGAAGAGAAAUGGAAAACGCUCACACUAAAUCCACGUCUGAAGUUUUAAAACACUUCGAUGUGAACGAGAACAACGGACUGACACCGGAACAAGUCAAAACCAACGUGGAGAAAUAUGGACCGAACGAACUCCCGGCUGAGGAAGGGAAGUCUCUCUGGGAGCUGGUGGUGGAGCAGUUUGAGGAUCUACUCGUCAGAAUUCUGCUGCUCGCUGCCUGUGUGUCAUUCGUGCUGGCACUGUUUGAGGAUGGCGAGGAGUCCACUACGGCUUUUGUGGAGCCUAUAGUCAUCCUGCUCAUCCUGGUCGCCAAUGCAGUCAUUGGAGUUUGGCAGGAGCGUAAUGCGGAGAAUGCCAUUGAAGCUCUGAAAGAGUACGAGCCAGAGAUGGGGAAAGUGUACCGCAUGAACCGCAAGGCCGUGCAGAGAAUCAAGGCUCGGGAUAUUGUACCAGGAGACAUUGUGGAGGUGGCAAUUGGAGACAAGGUGCCCGCUGAUAUCCGAAUCGUCUCUAUAAAAUCCACUACUCUCCGAGUGGACCAGUCCAUCCUCACAGGCGAGUCUGUAUCGGUUAUCAAACACACUGACCCAGUGCCUGAUCCCCGAGCUGUUAAUCAAGACAAGAAGAACAUGUUGUUUUCCGGCACCAACAUCGCCGCAGGCCGAGCCAUCGGCGUAGUGGUCUGCACUGGCGUCUCCACCGAGAUCGGCAAGAUCCGUAACCAGAUGGUGAGCACGGAGCAAGAGAAGACACCGCUGCAGCAGAAGCUGGACGAGUUCAGCCAGCAGCUCUCCAAAGUCAUCUCGCUCAUCUGCAUCGCAGUUUGGCUCAUCAACAUCGGCCACUUCAGCGACCCCGUGCACGGCGGCUCCUGGUUCCGCGGCGCCAUCUACUACUUCAAGAUCGCGGUGGCCCUGGCCGUGGCCGCCAUCCCCGAGGGUCUUCCCGCCGUCAUCACCACAUGCCUGGCUCUGGGCACGCGCCGCAUGGCCAAGAAGAACGCCAUCGUGCGCUCACUGCCCUCUGUGGAGACACUGGGCUGCACCUCGGUCAUCUGCUCUGACAAAACAGGAACCCUCACGACCAAUCAGAUGUCUGUGUGUAGGAUGUUUGUGAUAGAUAAAGCAGACAGCUCCAACUGUUCCCUCCAUGAGUUCACCAUUACAGGAUCGACCUAUGCUCCUGAAGGACAAGUGCUGAAAGCUGAUAAACCUGUAAAGUGCGGCGAAUACGACGGCCUCGUCGAACUGGCCACAAUCUGCUCCAUGUGUAACGACUCUUCUCUGGACUACAAUGAGGCGAAAGGAGUCUAUGAGAAGGUGGGUGAAGCCACAGAAACAGCGCUCACCACCCUGGUCGAGAAGAUGAACGUUUUUGGGACCGACGUGUCCAACAUCAGCAAAGUGGAGAGGGCAGGAGUCUGCAACGGGGUAAUCAGGAAGCUGAUGAAGAAGGACUUCACCCUGGAGUUUUCUCGCGACAGGAAGUCCAUGUCUGUGUACUGCACAUCCAUUAAGACCGGCUCCCAGAGCAAGAUGUUUGUUAAGGGAGCGCCGGAGAGCGUGAUUGAGCGGUGUACACAUGUACGAGUGGGCACGAGGAAGGUGGAGCUGACCAUGUCUGUGAAGGAAGAGCUGCUGGGGACGAUCAGAGAGUGGGGCAUGGGCAAGGACACACUGCGCUGUCUGGCACUGGCCACACGGGACACACCCCUUCGCAGGGAGCAGAUGGACCUGGAGAACUCGGCCAAGUUCGCCGAGUAUGAGUCGGACCUAACCUUCGUGGGUUGCGUGGGCAUGUUGGACCCACCUAGGAAGGAGGUGAUCGGCUCAGUGAAGCUGUGCGGUGAGGCAGGCAUCCGCGUCAUCAUGAUCACUGGGGACAACAAGGGUACGGCUGUGGCCAUCUGCAGGCGCAUCGGGAUCUUCUUGGAGGACGAGGACGUGGAGGGCAAGGCGUACACGGGUCGGGAGUUUGACGACCUCUCUCUGGAGGCACAGCGAGAGGCGGUGAAACGUGCACGCUGCUUCGCUCGCGUCGAACCCGCACACAAGUCCAAGAUCGUGGCCUUCCUGCAGUCCUUUGAUGAGAUUACAGCCAUGACAGGCGAUGGUGUGAACGACGCCCCCGCUCUUAAGAAGGCCGAAAUUGGCAUCGCCAUGGGCUCAGGCACGGCCGUGGCCAAAUCCGCCUCCGAAAUGGUGCUCUCAGACGACAACUUCUCCACCAUAGUGGCUGCUGUGGAGGAGGGCCGAGCCAUCUACAACAACAUGAAGCAGUUCAUCCGAUACCUCAUCUCCUCGAACGUGGGAGAGGUCGUCUGCAUCUUCCUGACUGCCAUCCUGGGUCUUCCUGAGGCUCUGAUCCCCGUGCAGCUGCUGUGGGUGAAUCUAGUAACAGACGGUCUGCCUGCCACAGCGCUGGGCUUCAACCCCCCUGACCUGGACAUCAUGGUGAAGCCUCCUCGCAACCCCAAAGAGUCACUAAUCUCCGGCUGGCUUUUCUUCAGAUACCUCGCCAUCGGAGGGUAUGUGGGACUGGGAACAGUUAGUGCUGCCACCUGGUGGUACCUGUAUGAUGAGCAUGGCCCACAGGUGUCUUUCCACCAGCUGCGUCACUUCAUGCAGUGUACUGAGGAUAAUCCCAUGUUCGAGGGCAUCAAUUGUGAAGUGUUUGAGUCCCGCUAUCCCACCACCAUGGCCCUCUCUGUGCUCGUCACUAUAGAGAUGUUUAACGCACUGAACAGUCUUUCAGAAAACCAGUCUCUGCUGAGGAUGCCUCCAUGGGUUAAUAUCUGGCUUUUGGGAGCCAUCUUACUCUCACUGUCUCUCCAUUUUCUCAUAUUGUAUGUGGAGCCGCUACCACUGAUAUUUCAGGUCACUCCUCUCUGCUUCUCCCAGUGGCUCGUCGUCCUCAAGAUCUCCUUCCCGGUCAUCCUCUUGGACGAGGCGCUCAAGUACAUCUCCCGACACCAUUUAGAAGGUGAAGAGGAGACGAGGUACAGGAAGAGUCGGCAGCUGAAAUUCUAGGACGACUCGUCCUGCUCCAGCGCACACACUCGGACACACGCACAUACACUCACGCUCAUAAGCCCUCCCCCACACCCCGUUUCCCUUUUGUAAUACAUCAGGCAGAGCUCACACACUCCUGUUGUGACUGCACACACACCUGCCUUUCUUCUCGAAACCAUCCUAACUGCAGGCCCGGUCACCACUAGAAACAAUCUGGGCUGUGUCUGAGUGCGAGUGUGUCUGAGUGUGAUCGAGUGAGUGUGUGUGUGUGUGUGUGCGUGUGCGCCUGUGUGUGUGUGUGUGUUGUGUAACAGCACAAGCAUGGCCUCCAUAACAAAAUGUUGCGUGAUAAACCGUGAAAGUUCUUUAGGGACUUAUUUGGCUUCUUGGCUUCCAUGCAGUAGAUUUUAGUGCAAUAACCGGAGCUAGAACUGGGAGUGCAGAGGAAAAGGACAAAGUUUAAAGGUCAUGUUGUGUUUUGCUUGCGGAAUUAAGAUGUCGGAUCACGUUCUAGCCGCAGAUGGACGGUUCUUUCCAUCACAGGGCCGUGGGAGGUGCAGGAAGAGAAACACCAUCUGGACAGCUCCGUGUGUGUGUGUGUGUGUGUGUGUGUGUGCGCGCAGGGACGGAUGCAAGGCCAGUUUAAUUGACCAGUCGCCUAUAGUCUUGCACCAUGUACAUUUAUUGUUUAAGGCGCAUUUCCACCGAGGUCAAAACACCUCGGCAUUUACGCCGAAGUUAUUGAAGCUGCAGUGUCUGGUUUUUAAAUUUUACGUUAUCGUGUGAAUAUGAACGAUUCCUGUAGCUUUUAAACGCAAUUUCACUUUUUUUUUUUUUUUUUGGUCACAAAAGAAUUUCCAGUUCUGUGUCAUUUUGGAUAUAAAAUAAGUGUACUUGUUAAAAUAAUCACUUUUCUGUGAUUUAUUUCUUUGAACAAUUCUGUGAAGAUUGCAAUUGACCAAUAAGCAGCAGUCAACAUGGCAAGUCCCACCCCAAUAGCACAAAACGUACCGAAGGUCAAGCGGGAGUUAAAAAGGUUCAUGGAUCUGGUGGGAAAAUCCCAGAGUUCCUGAAAAUGUUCUCUCAGGUAGAGAUGCUCUAAAAGUUCCUGGACGCCUAUUGCCACUUACAAACAUUUCUGGGUGCCUGAAAAUGAUCCUUUGGUGGAAAUGUGCCUUUUUUUUCCCUCCUUCUUUUUUUUUUUAAACUUCAAAGCCUCGAAAUUGUACUGAAGCUUUCUAGUUCGAGGCUCCCAGCUGUGGUUUUACAACAUUUUACAGAUGAGCAGCUCGAGUGGAAUCUUUAGGCCCAAGUUGUUGUUGUUUACACACAAACACUUCAUUGUCUGCUUGUUUUCUUACCCCCGAAAAGUCCCGAAAGCCGUUUAGCUGAUUCACACACGGCUCUUUAUUCGACACGCGUAAAUCGUCUAACUCUGAAGUGCUCUGAACAGGCUCUCUAACAGACUCCUUCUCUCGUUUCACAUUUUAUACAAAUUUCACCGGAACACUAGUCACCGGGAGCUGCCAGCAAACCCGUUUCCAAAGAAAAGGAUGGUUUGCGCGGAUUCCUUUGAGUGAGCGAGAGAAAAAGGGAUGUAGAGAUGUAAAGAAAUUUCAGAAAAUAGCGCAGCUCUGUGUAAAAUAUAAUCUGCAAGAAAACCUCAGCAUGUAUAAACAUGCCUGAAGCUUUUUAUGCUAGGAUAAGGAUACACACAUACGGGAGGAGAGGGUGCCUCUUUGCUUUUAACACACACACACACACACACACACACACUGAGAGAGAGAAACACACAUUUAAAUAUUACUCAGCAAGGUGAAUCCUUAUGAAUGUAUGUUCACUUCCUUAUGAAUGCGAAACUGCUUUUAUUUGUCUUUUCUUUUUAUUUUAAACUGCUUUGCUUCUACUCGUGUCCUUUUCGUUCCCAUUUCAACCUUAAGUUCCGUUCAGACCGAAGUUUUCAUCAUCUAAAAAUCUCUGGAGUUUUAUAGUUGACGGACUCGCCACCUCCUCCAGUGCUUCUCCAACCUAGCUACAUGUUGUUGUUUUAAUGAAUAUCAAUAAUAAUAAUAAUAAUAAUAAUAAUAAUAAUAAUAAUAAUAAUAAUAAUGUAUUUGACUGAAAGAACCCAGGUGGUUUAUUUAGCUUGUCCAUUUUGCUGUUCAAGGGGUAACACUCUCGAUAUCUGUUUAUCAUGUGUGUGUGUGUGUGUGUGUGUGUGUGUGUGUGUGUGUGUGUGUGUGUGUGUGUGUGUGUGUGUGUGUGUGCGUGCAGGGAUCUAGCAGAGCAGCUACUUCCAUUGCCUAUGUGCCACUAUGUUGACCUUGAUAAUCUAGAUAUUGGGAGAUGUAAUGUAAUAUCUGUCCAAGUCUUGAUGCACUUCUCAUUGUGACAGAUGUGCUUAUGUGAAAAGUAUAGCCUACAGUGUGUCGGCCGCCAUUUUAUUUAAAUAAACAAAACAAAAGUCUUAAUGACGGCAGUCUUUUUAGCUCUGUGUGUAAUUUAUCGCCGAUCAUACCGGUUUGAACUUUACGAGAAACGCAAGAAACAUCGGGUUUCAUCUACAGAGUGGUCGGUUUGCGUUGUACAUCUGUUUGAUUGGGAAUAAGCGGACUGUAGGAUUCGAAGCCCAACAUACUGACAUAACGGCAAUAAGGCCUCGUCCCCUCACUGUGGCUACACAAACCACUGGCAGUCCAAGCAACAGAAACCGUGGGCUUGUACAGCCUCGCUAAUUACUACUGAUCUCUUUCCAAUCUGUACAGGAGAAAAAAGAUUGCAUGGAACCUUGUUACUGUAAUUAAUAACCUAUACAGUAUGUAAUAUUUAAGUUUAAAAAAAAAAAAAAAACUUAACCUAUUUACCAGCAGCAAAAGAAACGAAUGAUUGUUGUUUUUCUUCAAGGACGUGUGGCAUCAGGGGAUCUUGUUCUGUUUGUUUAUAGCAGAGUUUGCUUAUUAAUAGUUUGCUUUUAAAGGUUGAUGGAGAUCUUUUACUUACUUAUUUUGUGCUUGAAAUGUUGUAAAAUAAAGUUAAGAAUCAUGCUAAUAAUAUUUGAGGAUUUUUUUUUUUUUUUUUUUUUUUUACACACAAUAAGUUGGUUUGAGAAAAGCUAAGAAAUUAUUAUUUUUUUCCCACCAGAUCCAUUCAGCCCCUGUUCACUUCGACCCUAAAAAAAUAAAAAUAACUGAUUUGUAUUCAAACUAAAAUGGUACAACAUCUAAUAUACAGUAAGCUCAAGCAAUGCACCUAGAUAGAGAGUUCAUAAAAGAACCACUUGUGGAAGACUGGGAGGCAUGAGCAGGGGCUGAUUUGAGAUGAAAUUCUGGUUUACACAAACAGGCCAAUGUUGAAUGCUGGGUAAUGAAGUUUUUAACGUGUACGGCUUUUUGAAGGGCUUGUGAGUGGGUACAGCGGCUCCAGAGGCCCAGGAUUGUAAUUGUGCAUCCUUGUACAUGUUUUUCAGAGGAAAACGACAUCAUCUAAUUUAUUCAUAUUUUAUACAUCGAUUGAUGCUGGUUAAUUAUUCAUUCACCAGAUUUCCUGCUGUAAAUGGUGACAGUUCUGAGGUUUUGUUUGUUUGUUUGUUUGUUUUUUGCUGUUGUAAAGACAAAGACAUCAUAUAGAUGUCUGUCUGUGUGUUAACUGAUAAAUUGUCAAGCUUUACCCGGCAGCAUCUGGAGCCUUGUACCCACUACUGAGCACAGCAUUUCUGCAUUGCAUUGGUAAUAUUGAUUGUGCAUACAUAAUUUUAUAUAUAUGAAAAGACCUGGAAAUAAUAAAGAUUAUUUAUCUUGUUAUUUA